CAUUAAAUAAUGAGUCACCGUAGUGAAAUUUUAAGCAUGUGAGCAGAGAGAGAUAUGCAGAGGACCCCAGAGAAGAUGAGUCAGAGUAAUGUCAUUCUUCGGCCUGUUGUGAGCAAGCAAUUCUGCUCAACGUCACUUAAAGUGUUUACUGUGAGGAAGAGGCCCUGCACUAUAAAUGGCGGCGGUUUUGUUGUGAUGGAUUCUUCCCAUGGAGAUGAAAUAUUCAGAGUGGAGGGCUGCGGCGCAGCUGUAAAAGACCGCGCUCUGCUUCAGGACGCUGAAGGCAAUGGUGUCCUCUGCAUCAAACGCGAGGUUGGGAUAGUACAGGUGUUCAGCCUUCACAAGAAAUGGAAAGGAUUUGUACCGGACGAAAUAGAUGGGCACGAGAAGCCCAUUUUUAAGGCGAGCAGUUCCAUUUGCUCAGCCAACGACUCUGUGAAGGUGUCACUUAUUCAAUCCAAAGCUAAGAAGGGCUGGGACUAUGAAAUUGUGGGCAGUUUUGCAGAACGAGCAUGUACCAUUUACGAUGAUUCUCACGCCAUCGCAGCAAAGGUGAGCCUGAAUAACGUAGUAAAAGAUGCAAUCCGGAGCAAGGACGUAUAUAAUGUUGAAGUGCAGGCAGGGAUUGAUCAGGCGUUUGUGUUUGGGCUGGUUGCUGUUCUUGAAAAGCUAAGUGGGGAAGAUGGCAAUUGAUGGAUUAAGUUUGGUUCAAUAAAUUCAGUGAAGAUCUGAACAGAACUGUUCAGUCGGGUAUCUGCUGUUUGUUUGUUCUUGCUCGUAGACAAUUUAAACUUUAAAAUGCUACAAGCACAGACUUUAUUGGUGUGCUUGCAAUUGACUUAUGAAGUUUUUGUAAUAUGAUAUACAAGCUUUUUAUAACUCGAGCUUACUGUUCAAGUAGGGCUUAAUCAAUUUCUACUUAAAAA